GCCCAUCUGCCCACCAUCGAACACAUUCAUGGCCAUUGUUACAACAACUAAUGAUCGAUCGAUCGAGCCAUGAAGAAGCAUCAGCCGCGGCUCGUAUCGCUUGGAAUGUAGUCGUUUGAAGGAGCGUAUAACAACGGACGAGCUCGCAACAAAAGGAAAGAGGAGAGAAUAAGAGGGGACGUUGUAUUUAUCGAGAAACGUCGAGGACGAAGAAUCUACCGGAAAUAACGGUGACAUAGCGACAGGCAAAUGUUCUCGUCGAGCUUUCGCGAGAGCCCGUCAUCGAGCUACACACCAGAAGCGACAGGAACAAAGAGAUACCAACGGCGACGUGAAACGUCGCUCGUCCACGGUGUCAAUUUCCAGAGGAUACUCGAGGAACGAGGAAACGGAGUCUAGUCAAUCCGCAGGCAACCAUUGGCUGUGUAUAUCCAGAAAAUCAUAAUCGAUAGUGUUCAGAGAUCUCGUCUUUUCGGUCGCGCUUGUGAAACACGGCAGGAGCUAGUAGAAGAGGUCAACGAUAAGGCCGGCGGCCAGAGGAGAUGACGUCAAUAUUAGUUCUAGUCAAGUGAUAAUUACGAAAAGGGGCAAACGGAAGAAUCGUAGAUAUCUCGUAGUACAAAAGUAGCGUCGCGAAUUUCAAUCUACAUCAAUUUCAAUCAAUCAAAUCGUAGAAUCGCGAGUUCGUAAUUCAACGAUAAUCCGUGUGAUCGAGAAGCAAUAAUAGUCUACCUUAGUUAAUUUCGUGAAUCCCGAAUCGCGAAUCACCGGCAAUUUCCUGCUAGGCUGUGGUUCGUUGUGUGUGUUCCCGUCGAGCCCGACGAAGCUGCGAAAAAGAGAAACGAAGGGAAAAGAAAAGAGAGUGCACCGGCAGAAUGGCGUUCGCGGCGGCGAGAAUGAUCCUUAAGGAUAAGCGACGGAAGGCCAGCAAAGAGGACUUCGCGCCCCGAAAUAGGAGCAAGGCCCGCAGCGCCAGUACAAGUAGCUUUAGAAGCCUGAGCCAGGCUCGCAACAAACCAGCAGAUGGAGUGGGUCACGUCAACCAGAAGGGAUCCGCGGGUCAAAAAGCACCUGCAGCCGGGCAAAAGGUGGCGCCUGGUGCAAAAAGUGCCGCGAAACCGGCACAGAAGCCCUCUGCUCAGAAAGGGCAGGUUAAGGUCACGCCAAAGGCAGCUUCCGUUAAGACUGGCAAGAACAAGAAGAAGGGACAGAGGCAGCAGUACGACCUUAUCGUCACCAUCAAUCUGUCUGAAUAUGGGCUCACGGAGGAUCAGGUGGCUGAAUUCAAGGAGGCGUUCAUGCUAUUCGACAAAGACGAAGAUGGAACCAUCACGAUGGCGGAACUUGGGGUGGUCAUGCGAUCGUUGGGACAGAGGCCGUCUGAAACAGAGCUACGAGAUAUGGUGAACGAAGUGGAUCAAGAUGGAAACGGUACCAUCGAGUUCAACGAGUUCCUCCAAAUGAUGUCAAAGAAAAUGAAGGGUGCCGACGGUGAAAAAGAGCUGCGCGAAGCAUUCAAAGUAUUCGACAAGAACAACGACGGAAUGAUCUCAUCGAAGGAACUACGACACGUAAUGACGAACCUUGGGGAGAAACUAUCGGAAGAGGAAGUGGACGACAUGAUCAAGGAAGCGGAUCUCGACGGUGACGGGAUGGUGAAUUAUGAAGAAUUCGUGACAAUCCUGACGUCAAAGAAUUAGUUCGGUGGCUCUGGAUCGGACAAGAAGCUAUCCAGCUGCCGGAAGUCUUCGACGAAGAACAGAAUCAAACUCGCAAAGUUCCUCCCCGCUCGAAAGCAUAGCGAAACGAUCGUCUUCGCGAACCUCACCAUCCAAGAUAUCCCUAACGAACCAUAGGAUAGGAUUCGGAACACGAGAAUAGAAACGCAGGACCUUUGAAAAAUUUGGUUGAACGGAGAAGAAACGUCGUUUAUUCGGCUUCUGGCGUGCAAGAUUUUCCUCGCGCGAGGGUAAGUGGUACCGGAAGACUGUGAAAAUGGUGUCUCGAGUGGUGGGGUAGCAGGAUGUCCAAGAAACAGGAAAGAAGGAAGAGUGAGGAGAAAGGAGGGUGGACUUUCGCAGUUGCACACGCAUACACGCAUACACACCUCGCUCCUUCGAAUAAUUUUACAAGUAUAAGCUAGCGAAACGACACUGUACGUGAAAACGAGUGAGGUGCUCGCUCCCGAAACAAUCAACUGAGCUUCGUUUAGCGUUUACCUACCUAUUACCUAUACUCUCUAUUAAAUGCUAUACAACAUCGUUAUUGAUAUUGUUAGGAACCAAACAAUCUCUCUUCAUCCCUUUCACUCCCAUCGUUCGAUCGGUAUUGUUCCUUCAGCAUUGUUGAAUUUCCUUGCAAAGAACACGAGUCCUCCCAAUUUCCGUCAUAAACAUUCUGGCGUGCGAGAUCUGUCUUCAAAUUUAGAUGAAUGUCGUUGGCAAGUAGAUUAGGUUUAACGACGAUAUACUUGUGGCAGAAUUUUUAGACGCACGUUGUGGCUACAUGCCAGAACAGUCGCUGGAAAGUAAGAAUCAAAGCAACCAGUAGCGGUCUUUCCUUUCCAACGUACAACUCGAGACCACGCGAUGUUCGUACGGUCUUAGUUAUCGAUCGUUUUGUAUUCGUAUCGUACGAAGUAGCAGAGAAUCUCGUAUCGCCCAUCCCGUUCUUGUCGAACACGAGGCGAGAUUAGGAUCCUCGCCAGUGUCCCGAAACCCUUCUGUAUCGAACACCGUCCACCUAAAACCUCGAAAUUCGAUCCCAUUCACGAAUCCAACCCGUACUAAUUACGUCGUUGCACCCUUAGGUCCUUAAGAUGACAAGCCACAGCCGUAGCUCGCGAAUAGAUGGUAGCUAGUUAGUGCAAUAGAAAGGAAAUACGUACACGUAAUAAAUGAUGCAUUAUACACAUACCUAUUAUAUAUACCUAUACAUGGUGUUACUACCGAAGGUACUUGAAGUAACGUUAUUAUGAAUAUUCAUAUAUAUAUAAAUGCAUAUAUAUUAUAUAUACAUAUACACGUUAGCGACCUACGUCGGUGGUAUACUGGCAUUGAUAUUUUUAUGGUUUUAAAAAAAAAAUACAACAAGAACAAGAACAAGUAUUAGUGUCAGAAAGAGAGAGAGAAAGAAAGCGAGCAAAAGAUACAAAGAGCGAAAGUGUGAGAAUGUAUGAGUGAAAGAGAGAGAAAACUGAAUGAAAGAGAGCAAAAGAGAAAUUGGUUGGUCGAAGCGCGGAAGAGAAGCGCGUGUACAUAGCAAACAUUCAACAGUGAGGGAAAGGAGAAAUGGGAUUAAAAGCAAAAAAACAUAAAAGAACAAUAAGAAGAGCUCUUAAGGGUGUAGAGACGAUUCGUUUCGUCCUAAAGGAGCGUCGACGGAUGGUACGCGAAUAUUGCUAUCGUUAUCGUUGGUAAUGUUGGUCACACGAAGCGGUGAUUUUCGCAAACGUACACAACAACACACACAUAUAGAGAGAUAGACAAUAAUUCUGUUCUUUAGUUAGGUGACACGCGUGUAGUUACAUUGCGUUGUUUCGAAUCGAUCGCUGGGUAAUGUACGACGAGAUCGUGAAAAGUAACGAAACACGAUUGAAACAUGAAAAAGAAAUGAGAGCAAAUGUGAAUUUGACAAAAAUCGACGUACCUACCCUACAGUGCGAUCGUCCUUUUCAGCCGCUUCGCGCCCCUGUCUCGCGGUCGCAAAAAUUAACGAUUUUCAAGAAAAUGAAAAAGAAUGAUAUACCAAAGCUUGAAAUUGACAACUUUCUAAAUCAGCUUUUGAUUUUUGUAAUUUCUUUCGUCAUCGAUGAGAUUUACGACCGGUUGACAUCGGCGUGACGUGGUCUGUGCAGCUAUUAAGAUUAAAAAAGAAAAAAGGAUACACGAGAAACGCGCAAAUAUACAUGCAAACAUAAAGCAAGACGCUUCGACAGUUAAAACAUAAAAAGAGCUCGAUACGUCGAUGCAAAAUAGUAAUGUAUAACGUCCCGAAGACAAUAUCUUUAACGAUUUUAUUAAAGAAAGAAUUAAUCGAGAUUUACCUCGAGAGAAGGCCUACGUUUUGCCACGUGUGUCCGACAAGAUAGAUUGUAGAAAGAUUGUCAGAGAGAAAGAGAGUGAAAGGAAGAGCGAGAAUGCAGAGAGAGAAAAGAUAGGAGAAUCGAAAAGUCAUAUGGUGAAGGAAAUACGAGAAAAUCAAGGUGCUGUUUAGCUUUAGAUAUCGUCAGAUUUUGCUUUACAGUCUAUCUAUUUGCUUUCGUCUCACCUGAAUUACUGCACUUUUCGUUACACUUACUCGUAGACUUUUCUUUCCCGUUCGUUCUAUCUUUUUCAAAUCUUACUAUGUUCUUGGAAGCUGCGACGAACAGAUGGGCCGAUUCAUUUGGAUUCACAUAACAUGCACGAAAAAUUUCACUGCACCCCAUGAGUUUUUCGUUAGAUAGACUUUCCGUCUGAUACGAGAACUUUAUCUCGGUAUAAGAAAAGCAACAAAAACAAAAAAAAACACCGAAGUACAAGAUAUCGUCAAUACCUGUAUAUAUCCAUCCCGAAAGGAAUCGUUACCUGAUCAGAGAUCUCGGAAUCGUUGCAUCGAACAACAGCGAACGUCAAUCGGAUGCAUUUUCAGUUCGCAACGCGACACUCAACGCACAUUUGUCACGCGCGCUUAUCAUAGGUACCUCUUUUACUAAAUAUAGAUCAUCAUACGGUUCCACGAGGUCUCUGAUCACGUGCACCUUUCAUUAAAUCAAUUAUAUACUCCUCUCUCCCGCCAUAGAAUCCCUCAUAACCAUCAACUUACUGUUUUUCCCUCCCGGAGGAUGCAUUCGUUCCGUUCUACGGAUUCUUUACGAUGCAACCCCCGUGAUUGAACCUCAGACGCUCAGGGCUGUCUCGGUACAUUCUUUCGACGUUGAAGCAUCUGGAAAUUGAGUUUAAUCGUGAUAAAAAAUGUUUCUUCCACGCGGGAUGUAGACAGCCCCCGGCAAACAGUGUCAAUCGAUCUUAACCGAAAAGUAUUUUUAUAGAAUACUCUUCGUGCCAGAAUCCUACGAUACAUUGAGAUACAUACGACAUCGCGUUAUAUUGUAUUCUAUAUAUUAUAUUAUAUUAAAUUUACGUGAAUGUAUACGCGCGUGUACAAAUCUUAUAUCGUAUCGUAUCGUCCUACUCUGCUGGCAGAUUAUCCAUUCUAGUAAAUACGUGUCUAAACGAUGACGAGCUGAUAAUGUUCACAUUCGUCGCUAGACUCGUGAGGAGUACACAAGUCUUCCUUUCAAUUUGCACCGUUCGACGUUUGAGAAUGACUGUUUAAUUUUUGACAACAUACCUGCUGCGAUCGCGUUGUGUCCUUUGAAAACAAUUUAUCUUCACUUCGUUUUAGGCAUUAUUGAUUCGGAAACGUGUUGUUGCUCAAAUCGAUAUGUCGAGGGUUUGAUUUUUUGAAUAACCCAAGCAUCGAAACGUUAAUGCGCUUAAUCGUCUCGCGAAUCUGUAGAUCAGAAUCGCGAUGUGUCAGGAAAUUGGGCGAAGACUAACUCGAACGAAUUUCUGCAGAAAAAUUAAAAUCAAUUUAUAGAUAACUAUAGAAAGUUAGUUUUCGCUUGUUUCGUUCGUAUCGAUCCUCUGGUACUAAUAGAGCUUUAGAAUGACGCGGCAACGCGAGAUGUUCGAGAUAGAUACGCUUGUACGUUGCGAACUUGUGUCCAUGUUUUAGAUAAAUAGUUUUGCUUACUUGUCCGAAGUAGAGACAAACUACGAAGCCUAUCAAUAGCCAUGACAUUUUCAUAGACGUUUGAUAUGUUCACAAUCCAUUCGAAAUCAAGAAAUAUUCUAUAUGUUUUGAAUUGUGCUUGAGGAACGCGUGCUCGUGAUUUUUUAAGAACGAUCUCAAAUCGGAGCUCGCAUCAAGAAUGAUCAAGGACCGCGCGAAAGAACAGGGGAAACGAAAACUAGUCGAUAUCAAAACGAGUUGAAUGAUGCAAAGGUAAUCAAAUAAUUAUAUUGUAUACAUCGCUAGAUAUGGAAGUCAAACCUGAUUAACAUAGAUAUAUCAUAAUUGUAAUCGUUAAAUAAGUGUAACUAUGUUGUAUUGAGAAAACAUCACGAGGCAGUCUCGUAAAACUGAAGAUCUCUCCGGCCCGAAGGAUUUCAGUUUUCGUUGCAACGAGACGGGACCUCGGAUCGGUUGUUUGUUAAUAAUAAUCAAAUAUAUCUACGUUUUGUAUCCGUUGGUUGACGUUCAAAGUAUCUCCGCGCUUCGCAAUUGUGAUUUAAGAAUGAUCAAUGAAUGCGUCGAAAGUUACAAAUGAUUUCAUAUACGAGCGAAUUGCUUGCAACAAUCAGCUAACCGGAAGCGUACAGAUACCAGAUUGCAUCGUUGAAGCCCGGAAGAUCUAUGAUUCGUUGAUUAAAGAGAGGGUUUUUAAAAGGAAUAGUAUGGUCGCGUUACGCUUUUCCUAGGUUCCAAGUUCGUCACGUGCCAUCAAAUAGACUGCGUACUAAAAUCGGUCAAGGCGAAGGAGCAAACGUAAAAUUAAUCAAAUUGACGGAAACGGUGUUUCAAAGACUUCCGAACGAUACUCGAUCAUCACGUCGCGAAUCCUUUAAUUUCCCACCAUUCAUUUCACGUUUCAAACGAAUACCAAAUUCGAAAAGUUUCGUGAAUGAAAAAAAAAUCCGUACUUUCUUCCUUCGUACACUGACUAUUGCUAUCACAAAUUUUGUUCUCAGUUCGCCUAAAGUGAAGCGGUCUAAUUGUAAUAGCAUUUGCAAGUUGGCAAUACAAUGUGUCGUUAUAACACAUACGACCCAAACACGAUAAUGAUCACGAAUAAUUAUUGUAAUAAGAAAACGUCUUUCAUUACUUUAUUAAAACGAUCGCGAGUACAAGUCGUGUUAGUUAAAUGAUUAUACGUGUGUGAAUAUCCGAUAUAUAGAGCAAGAUAAAGGAAGACCCGUUCGAUAGGUCUUUGGUUCUUCGUGGGGUGCAAAAUAAUUUUAAGGGAUACGGCAUGAAAGCGAGGAUAAGCACGUUAAAAUAUAACGAGGGUGAAUAUAAUCUAUGAGGUGUAUUAAGAAAAUAGCGUAAACACUAAGUCGAGCGAGGUUACACCAGAGAUAUCGCACUGUGAAUGAGAAUAUUUAUAUUUUUACUUGAGGAAAAAAGUUAUAAUAACGUUUGUAACAUCUAAUUCUCACCCGAUAAGGAAUGUUUAUAAUGUUAUUUUUCUAGAUAUAUAUCGAAACAAUUAUCAUUAUGUUAAGACGAAACGUGCUCUCAAAUGAGAAACAGGUGUGAUGAUCUAUUGUAAAUGUGGUACAUACUGUGUAUUCGGCUAGGGGGUGUGGGUAUCCCUGAGGGUGUAUCCCUUGGUUGGCUGAGGUGAUUCUGAACAAUUUAUUCCUUCGCCAAAAUACUCCUUAAGGCUUAGUUUUUGAAUUAUUAAUGAAAAACAGUGAUCAAUCACAACGCGCGGGCUCGACCACGGAAGUGUCGGCUACGAGAAGCAUGCUCAACCGCAGUCGCGAGUAAACUACAACAGCACGUUGGUUCGUAGCCGACACUCCCGUGGUCGCGCCUGCGCGUUACGCGCACUUCUGUUUCCUCAGUUUUUCAUUAAUAAUUCAAAAAUUAUACCUUAACGGGCAUUUUGAUAAAGAGAAAAGUUGUUUAGAAUCACCCCAGCUACCACCCCUACCCAAACACCCUGUACAUUUUGGUCUUUGUUAAAUUCUUGCAUUUCGUUUCGAUUACUUUGAUGAUUUCUUUUUAAAUAGUGUGUUAUAAAUGUAUGAUAUUAUUGUUAAAAUAUUCUGAAUUUUAUGGCGAAUGUUCACUAAGAAUGUGGGCGUGCGAUACAACCAAUGGUUUCUCGCGGUGUUCAUUACCAUUUAACUAUGCUGUAAGUAUUAUUUAUGCCUAAGUUCCAGAAAACAUGUGGUUACGUUGUACGACUAAUUAAAUAAUUGAUAGCUACUGCUUAUGAAACUCAUGUUUCAUAUCAAUACUUACGGUUAAAUAACAUUGUAAUUUUCAUUUAUAUCACUGCAAUUUUUUACUUCAAAUGUCUUGCGAAACGAUGGUUAUCAAUGACAGAAAACUAACAGGUUUCAUUUUAUGGUCUCUCAUUUGAAAACGAUUGAGACAAGAAAGACGAGAAACUGUUUGUUACAACGUGUCUUUGUAAUGUGAGAAAAAUAUUAUGUUCUCUAUCUACGGUACCUGCGAUUGAAGGUUUUUACUCAUUGUCAGAUUUGCUCUAUUCACGUUUCGUCGUAAAAGAUGGAAAAUAAACGAUGGUGAUCGGAAAUUGUGAGAGGCGAGAGUGCAGUAUGUAUGGUGUUAGCUGUAUGAAACCAUGUUACGUGUAAUGUUAUGUACUGUAAGAUUAGAAUACAUCAUAAAAUGGUGAUGGCAUGUACUGCUGGAAUGUAAUACAUGUAUCAAAGUUACCCCUAAAUACAGCCAUUUUAUAAUGGACAUUCUCCUCUCUA